AGGACCGACCGCAUAGCAAUCAUUCCAAAUUUGCAACCGAGCAAGAAUAAUAUGGUGAAGAAGCAAGCAGCAAGGAAAAAAAUCUAUUUGAUCAUUUAUCCAUAUGUUGUGGGCGACAUUGUAAAGGGCCCUUGCUUUUCCCUGUAGAGAGGGACAAAGAUUUUGCCGUCUGGACACUGGACAGAGAGAUGGUGGCCGCUGCUUCUUCUGUCUUGCUUCCCUCCCUCUCAUCCCCAACUUCACUCCCACUUGCUUCGUCUAACUCUCUUUUCUUCGGCCAUGGAAGCAGUGUGCAGUUUAUGAGGAAGAACCCUAGUUUCUCUCUAAACAGAAGAAGCCAUGGUAAUGCAGGGCUGAACUGCCGCUGCUUGUUUGGCCUUGGAGUGCCAGAGCUAGUCGUGAUAGCAGGCGUUGCAGCUAUAGUUUUUGGACCCAAGAAGCUCCCUGAAGUUGGUCGUAGCAUUGGGAAAACAGUGAGGAGUUUUCAACAGGCAGCAAAGGAGUUUGAGACAGAGCUGAAAAAAGAUAAAGAGACCAUUGAGGAACCACCACCACCAACUGAUACAUCCAAAGCAAGCAGUGUGGAUGAGAAGCAAAAUCUCAAUGCUUAGUUUGGCUCUCAAUUGCAUCCAUCAAUUCUUUUUUGAUGAUCAGAAUCCAGCCCCAUUGCACAAUGGCUUCGGUAUUUUUUAUCGUAAAUGAUGGGUCAAGACAAUUGAGUUCCAUUUUUCACAGGCAGUUGAUGUAACAUAUUCGAUGAAAUUCUGUCUAGUUUAAUGUAUUACGAAGCUUGUAUUUCAAUAUAGAAACUUCCAUGUAUGGAUUACGUUUCUUUGCGUCUUUCA